AUGUUUGGUUUUGUUAAUGCGUUUCGUAGAAGUACUUUUGACGGACAGCUUACUAAUGACACUUUGUACGCGAAUAUUUUUCAGCACGUAAAUCAGCUCGAAAAAACAAAGUCCAUGUGCAGGAUUGCUUCAAGCGCGAUAACAACUGACGAAGAUCAUAUGGAAGAUAAACGACAGAUUCGCUUUGAAUAUUGCAUUGAUCGAGCGUUCAUUCAUUCAAUUGUUACGCAGAGUGUGGCGGCAGUCAUUCCUACCUUUAAACAGCUGACGAAGAAGGAAAUUCGAUGA